AAUAAAUGCUUCGGAUUGGUUUCAGACCCAGGUUACUUGCCUAUCACCUUAUAGCCCCUAAAACUCGCAGUGCAGUCAUGUCGACACGGAUCCCCACUAGCAGUCCAGAAGAAAUGCUGCGACAAGAGAAGAGGCUCAACCACUUGAGUGACCGGAUGAAUCAGUUCCAUCAGUAUUUCAAGAGGGAAUUUAACACCCUUCAUGAGCUAGCAGAUAUCCAUGCUCGUGUGGGCAUGCCGCUCUCGGUCUUCCUCGAAAUGGGCAAGAGCUUCAUCCAUCAUUUGACUCUGCAUCACACACUCGAGGAGCGACACUUCUUCCCCCUACUGGCGAAGAGAAUGCCUCAGUUCUCGCCGGACCACGAUAGUGAACACCUGAAAUCCCACAGCCAUAUCCACGACGGCUUGGACAAACUUGAAGCACUGCUCAAGAAGUGGACAGAAUCACCCUCGGAAUAUUCACCCACUGAACUGCGAGAGUGUUUGGACGGGUUCAAAGAGGUCCUCUUCCGUCACCUUGAUCAGGAAGUCGCCGAUCUUCGAGGAGAGAAUUUGCUGAAGUACUUCAGCGUCAGGGAAAUAGAAACCUUCCCUAUGUGAAUACUAGUACUUGAUCGGCCUUUAUACCUUGCAGUUAAGCACCAGCAUUUCAUUCUAACAAGCAACGCACAUACCCCACUCGCAAUUGCCAAGUCUCCGAGUCUCCGUUGUUACCGUAUGAACCCUCUGAUGUUCUGGCAGUCCAAGGCCUCAACAGCAGUUCACAUACGAAGCAUCUGUGUGUGCAACCUGGGCGCUCCUGGGCUGUCGUAAAACAGUAUGACAAGAUAAGAAACCAAGAGAACAUCACUUUCAGAUGGGCGCUGGCUGGGCAACAGCGACAAUGGGUAAUAUUAAACAUAAGGAGCUUC